UGGUAGUGUUUAGUUGUUACAGCUGCGCGGCGCUGUCCCUGACAUGGCGUCUACUGGGAGGAUAGUUGUAUUUUAACUAUUACAAUUGAAAUUGUUCAUGCUGUUUUUAUGACAUUAAGUAAACAUAAGGCUCAGUAGCCAAAAAUAUUUUCCUGAAAACUGCAUUGAUGGUAAUGCAUGCAAGGAAAACACAGCGGAUAAGCGAUGGGUACUUCGAAAAACAUCAGUCCCAUCCCUAUCAGAAUUCCAAAUAUGGAUCAUCAAAAAGUGGCUCGUAUGGUACCAGUGGUGAAAGGUAUGAAAGGAUGCGGGAUUCGCCAAAUGGGAACUCUUACCGCUCAGAUAGUCCAGAUUCACAAUCUCCUAGGGAUAGAGAUCGAUCAUACCAAAACAAGAACUCCUACUUACAGAAAAUUCGUGAAAAGGAGAGAGAGAGAGAAAAUCGAGACUACAAAUCAUCUAGGGAUAAAUAUUCAGUUUGUGUCAGAUCACCAAAAGAUAAACGAAGUCGGGACAACAGAGACUCUGAGCACAGAACCAAUCACGACAGGAGUUCCGAUGACAAAAUAUUACAUUCAAUCAAAGUUAUGUCACAGAAUUCAUCACGGGAUCGCAAACCCUCGCACAAUUGCCAAGAAAAGAGGGAAGAACGAGAACGAGUAAAUCGUGUCGGUGAUUGGUCAGAGCACAUCAGUUCAUCUGGUAAAAAGUAUUAUUACAAUUGUAAGACGGAGGUAUCACAAUGGGAAAAACCUCGGGAAUGGAUAGAACGUGAAAGAGGUGAUCGAUCAACACGAGGUAGUUGCAAAGAGCGAAGCGGUAGUGAUAUCAAUGACAGAGGUUAUAGUGGCUCAUCCAGUCGAUCGGCAUCCUCUAUACAUGAAAAACAUUCCACUGUACCGCGAUCGAGUAACAGUAGUAAUCGAGAGAAAUUAACAACAAGUUCAUCACGAUCGUGGCCAACAGAAUGCGAUCGUGAACGAGAAAGAGAACGUGAAAGGGAAAGAGAACGUGAACGAGAGCGAGAACGUGAACGGGAUCGUGAUCGUGAAAGAGAUAGAGAGCGUGAACGUGAUCGUGAUCCUUUACCGGUUGCGGAGACAAGACGUCGAUCAGAGGCUACUGCCGAUGCACAGGAUAUGGAUAUUUCACCAGGAGAUAGCACACCCACCUCAGAAGCAUCUCGUGAACCACAACCUGAACAAAUAGUAGCAACUGGACCUGUAUUACUUGCUACAGCCCUUCCUAGAUUAACGUCGUCAACCCCACCAAUGGUACCGCCACCUGUAAGUGGUGCACCACCGCCGGGACAAGCGCCGGGGCCACCUAAUGUGCCCGUCAGUUUAGCUAAUCUACCGCGUCUGUUAUCACAGAUGACUGGACAUAAAUCACUGGAAUCAGCCGAUCCACAGACAAUUCAAACAAUUCACACUGCAUUAAUGAUGACACGCGCAGAUGUACCGACAUCUGUUUCACAGCCACUUAAAGUGGAAACUACUAGUACUCACACAACAAGUGAGGGACCUCCAACGCCCACACAUUCAGAAGGACAAGAUUAUAAUGAUAAUCGAAAAUUGAAUAGUCCACCAAGCAGUUUAAGUUCACUCGGUGCGUUGCGCCCACAAGGACCAAGUCUAACACCAUCGCUAUCAAAUCAUUAUCGCGACGAUUUAGUCAAUCAUAUCCGAGGUUGGCCAGCAGAUAUAUUAGAAAAACAGGCCCAAAAAUUAGAAGAAGAAGCUCAUAUAACCGGUAGCCUACAGUGUACCAAAGUUUCAGCUGACCUUAAAAUUGCUCGAUCGUUAGUUCGACUCACAGAAAUUCAAGCAACAUUACAGGAACAGCGAAUAUUGUUUCUACGUCAACAAAUAAAAACAUUAGAAGAGCUAAAGUCACAAAAUUCAUUUAUGUCUGAAGAUUCCUAGUGAGUGUGAUGCUAGUGUGUUUGUUUAUUGUGAGUUGAAUUAGUGUAUAUGAUUUACAGCGUGUCACGGGCGUCAUUCGUGUUUCCAUCGAUAAUUUCAAUUCAAAAAUAUGCUCUGCUGCUUUCACCCAUCAAAUGAAUAAAACAACUCUGUAAAGCACAUUAUUUAUUUGUUGUUUGUGAAUAAUUGUUGUUGUGGGAACUGGGUUUUGUGGGUGAAUAGGUGAACGCGUGGCGUGGGGUAGGUGAGAAAGAGAGGAUUGUUGGUAACGGCGACGAGCGACGACCUCCAUUGCAUUUUAAUUCAGAUUUAUAUUUACUAAGCUAAAAAGACUAUCUCCAUAGUUAAAUUUUACAUUUAUUAUAAUAAUUAUGUGAACUCUUGUAUUUGUAUUAUAAUAUUGGUUUUAUCUGUUAGUGUAUUUACUAUACAACUCUAUACCCAAGGGGACACGGGCGUCAAUUUUCAAUUUUGUAAUUUAUGAUCUGAUUUCCAUAAAAGAAAAAAAAAAAUUCAUGUAAAUGUGUGAAUAUAAUACUAACAUCAUGAAAAAUUUUUAUUUUUUUUGUGACGUUAUCAUUUAAAAAUAUCAAACAGGAUGUCCCUCCACAAUUUAGUUAGCAAACAUUAUUUCAUAAUUUUAUUAUAUUUUGAAAGAAAAAAAGUCCCCUAGCUCGUAAGCCAAGAUUGUUAUUGAUAAAUACAUUUUUUCACCACGAGAAUUCUUGUUGAAAUUGGUUACCGAUUUUUGUUAUUCUUACAGGAGAAGAUCAUAGAAUAACAAAUGGAAAAAAAUGUUUACUCUACGCUUGAUAAAAAAAAGUGUAUUCGUUUUUAUAGAUACAGAAGAAGGUGUUUUUCUAGGUCUCAGGGCAACGUACACCCUGUUUUAUCGAAUGUUGAGCAAAAUGAUUUUUGCACUUGUUAUUAAAUUUCUUGUAGAAAGAUAGAAAACCGAAAUCCAUCCUCAAGAAUUGUCGUAGUUAAAAAAAUUGCUAGGCUAAGCAUAAUUAAGACACAUAAGAAUUUUUAGAGGUAUAUUUUAUCAAUGGCAAUAUAUGCUGACGGGCAUCCAGACUAAUAUGGCUUGGUAAAAUAGUACAUUUAUCAUUGGGAAAAAUGCAAGCUAAAAUUUUUCCUUUGUUUCAGUACUAUAAAAACAUAUCUAAAAGUUCAUCGAAAACGCGUUCGAAAGAUUUAUGAAAAGUUAAAUGUAGUGGAAACAGUAUAUCUCGCUAACCAGCCAUUAGGUUUACGUCAUUUUAGGGUAUUUUACCUUAAAAACUAAACAAAACUGAAAAGUCUUCUUCAAACACCGAUUUUGGCCAAAAUUUUAACAAUUGCCUCAGUCAACUUUGAAGUAUGUUCUACAAUUUUUUGCUUUUGGAAAAUUAAAUAUUAAUCUUCCUUAACUUAUUUUAUAAACACAAUUUUUGAAUGGCCCUUUUGAAUGUUUUCAUAGUAUGAAAAUGAUGAAGAGAAUCAUGUUGAAAAAUUAUUGUUUGCAAUUUUUUCAAA